AAUCGUACUUGCCACACCUUCGUCUAUAAAUUUUUCAACCAUGCAUUCAUCAUCACUAGAUUCCCAAUUUAUACAGAUAUGGUGAAGUCAAUGGUUCUCGCUCGAAUCUCACUUGCUGCGCUGUUUCCUCUUUGUAUGUGUUAUCGAACACAUCAAAGCACGGGCGCGGGAUCUCUCUCCCCUUGGUUUUACGACAACUCCUGUCCGAACGCACAAGCCAUCGUUCAAUCUUUCGUCGCCAAAGCAUACGCCAUUGACCCUCGCAUGGCUGCCUCAAUGCUUAGGCUCCAUUUCCAUGACUGUUUCGUCAAUGGAUGUGAUGCUUCCCUCCUUUUGGACAGUAGUGGAACCAUAGAAAGCGAGAAACGAUCAAUUUCGAAUCGAGACUCUGCUAGAGGUUUCGAAGUCAUUGACGAGAUCAAGUUUGCUUUGGAAAACGAAUGUCCUGAAACAGUUUCUUGCGCUGAUAUCUUGGCUCUCGUUGCUAGAGACUCCAUUGUAAUUUGUGGUGGACCGACUUGGGAAGUAUAUCUUGGAAGAAGAGAUGCAAGAGAAGCAAGCUUGAGUGGUUCCAUGGAGAACAUUCCUACUCCCGACUCCACGUUACAGACACUUGUUAACAUGUUCAACGUUCAAGGACUCGAUCUCACCGAUCUUGUUGCCCUCUUAGGGAGUCACACGAUAGGAAAUUCGAGGUGCUUAAAUUUCCGACAAAGGUUAUACAACCAUUCUGGAAACAACGAUCCCGACCAGACUUUGAACCAAAACUACGCAUACAUGUUGCAGCAGGGAUGUCCGAUUUCGGGCGAGGACCAAAACCUCUUUAAUCUUGACUACGUGACGCCGAAUAAGUUUGACAAUUACUACUUCAAGAACUUGGUGAACUUUAGAGGACUCUUAAACUCUGAUGAGAUUUUGUUCACGCAAAGCAGUGAAACCAUGGAGAUGGUCAAGUUCUACGCGGAGAAUGAGGAAGCCUUCUUUGAGCAGUUCGCGAGGUCGAUUGUGAAGAUGGGAAACAUCUCACCGUUGACGGGGACUAGUGGUGAGAUCCGGAGAAUCUGCCGGAGGGUUAAUCAUGAUUUUUGAGUGAGUUUCAUUAUUUGGAUAUUUUAAAGUAAUAUUAACGUUCUUGAUUUGUGUUAAUUUAUUUUUAUUUUGUCAUUACAUUAAUUAUGAGUUUGGUGAUUGUAGUAUAUGGUUUACCCAAAUACAUAUCAAUUUUUGUUGCGACUAAAGUUUGCUAAUGAA